AUGAAUUCGUAUGAAACCAAAAUUUAUGCAGAAGGAAAUUCUCAAGAAAUUAACGAAUACAAUGAAAAUCACAAUUCAUUAAAUGAACUUAUUUCUGGAGCAUCAUUAGUCUUUACAAAUGUGAGACUAACAAACCUCGUUGAAAAUAAUUUUGUUGUGACUCUUUCAGUCAUUAAUGCGGAAUCAUGUCGAUUAGAAAUGACAUUUCUGAAUGAUAUUCAAGUCUCUUUUAAUUCUAAGACAAUUGGCAAGAUGUCUUUAAAGCAUAAAACUAUUAAAAUCAUACCCCAAAAGAAUAUUCAAUUGGAAAUGGAAUUCACUCCAUUGGACGAUUUUAAUUCAUUCAGCAGGGCUUUGUUUACGAAUGAACAACUUUACUGGGAUCUAGAAGGAAACACUUCUGUCAAACUUAUGAGCUUGAAUCCGAUGGAAGUUAAAUUAUUAAAACAUAUUAAAUUUGAUGAUUCUGAAUUCCGUUCCGUUCCUAACUUGUUUUUAUUGUUUGUACCUAAAUGCGUAAUAAUACCUUCUAUUGUUUUGGUAUGCAUAGGAAUGAAUAUUCUAACAAUUGAUAACAUUGAUGCACCAUCAGAUCAUCCUGAUGGUGGCAUUACUAUUAUUAUGAAUAUCAUAAAUUCAUCUCAUGUCAGAGUAGAAUUAGAUAAUAUGCCAUUUGAUAUUAAAUACAUGAAUCAAACUGUUGGUAAAAUUUCUUCAACAAGAUUUUCAAACGAUCGUAAUACACUUUCAUUCAGUGGAUGUUUAUUACAACCGAAUACUAAAGAAAAGUUAGAUGUAAUGACUGAUGUAUUUUUUAAAAUCUUAUCUGGAAAGGAACUACAACUUACCUUUAACGCAAGAGAAUGCUUAGUUUCUUGGUUAGAUAGAAUUUCACUUACUGUGAACAUUACUGAAGAAACGAAGAUCAAUUUCAAUUAUGAACUUAUUAAGUGUGCAUGGGGCCUUAAAUUUGAUCCGAAAGAUCAAUAUGCACCGAAAGUAUCUUUACAUUGUGGAAUAAAAUAUCUUAAUAUAUUUUCACUUGGAAUUUGUAAAUUUUCUUGUGAAUGCGACUUAAUUUAUAAAGAAUUACAACUUGCAACAUUUAAUAUCCCAUACACAACAAUUUUUGAUUCAUCAGGUAUCAUUGAAUCAAGAUUUACAACAAAGCUUAGGUUAUUUUCAGAAGAAUCUAAGGAUUUAUUUAGUGAAAUAGCAAAAAAAAUGUAUCAAGAAGAAGAUUUCGCUCUUGUUGUAAAAGGGAAGAUAAAUGUAAUGGCAAAAACACCAGUUGAUGACUUUAAAAUGGAAUGUGAAAGUAAAGAUAUUAUUGUUAGCUUGAAAUAUUUACCAAAUAAGGAUGAUGGAGAUUUUAUAAAGAACUAUUUAAAUGGAGUAGGUAGUCUAUUAUUCAUUAAAGCAAACAAUAAGACAACUUCGAUAUCUCUAUUACAAAAAGCUUUUGAAACUAUAGAAUUAGAAGUUAUUCUUCCGGGCUUAGAUGUUCCAUUUAUUAAUGAAGCAGAGGUCUCUUUUACUUCUAAAGACUCAUUUAAGCUUAAUAACCCACUUAAAACUAGAUUACAUUUAUUUGGCUUUAAUGCUAAAGUGUUUAAUAUGAAUAAUGAACAUAUUGCGACUGCCACAAAAAAAUAUAGUAAUAAUGGAAUUGUUGUUGAAGCAGGAAAAACAGAGAAAAUUCAGGUUGAAAGUUCAAAGGUGGAUAUAAUAAAUGCUAUUCAAAAUAUUAAAGAUUGUGCUUACGGUGUUAAAGAGAAUUUAGAAUGUGUUCUAAUGUUUGGUAUUGGCGAAGAUGAAAAUGAUUUUUUUAGAAUUAAUUUGAAUUAUAGUAAGUCUUUUAUCCUUUGA